CUGCUGUGUGAGGUCUGAAACGUGCAUUACGGCUUCGAGAAGAUGUUGGGUGCCUAAUUGCAAAAAUGCCAAAGCGAAAUUAGUUAUUAAAAGACGUUUAUUUAGGUUCCCCAGAAACGUGAAAAAGUGAGUUACAUUUAUUUUAUCUUUCGUUUUUAUGCAUGUAGUUUGUUGAUGAAUAUUGCUUCUUUAUUAUAAUUAUGUUCAAAGGUGUCCAAAAGUAAUAUAUUUAUGUUUGAGAUGUAGAUAAUGGCUGAAGACAAUUGGGGGACCCUGCUCUCGCUGAAUGUACGUGGCAGCACCUCACAGGAAGUAAAUUUAUUUGUAAGGAACAUUUUCUGGAACAGCAUAUAUCUGCGACUCUAAGGACGUAUGAUCAUGCUGUUCCAGUAAAAUUUCUGGAAUCACAACAUCCCCUUUGUGAAGAAGCAUUGCAGAAUUUUGAUGCAAGCAUUCCAGUGAAAGGGAAUAUCCACAUUCAAAGUGCACCUCAUAUGUCAGUGGAUGUUACUCAUGAGCCUUCUAUAGAAGUGGCGCAGUGUUCUCUAAAUCCAGGCUACACAGUAGAUGAAACUAAUGCCAAUGCAUGGUUCACUGCAGCAAGUGUGUCUGGUACAUUUGCUGCCAAUAUUCAUGAUCCCUCAUUUGGACCAACUGAGGUGACACCCACUAUAGAUACAGGUGUAAAUGAUCCUUAUAUACAGGCAGCUAUUCAAACUGAAAAUGGCUCUAGUGCUGUUAAGCAUGCCGCUACAGCAAGUGCAGCAGAUGCUUAUGCUAGCCUUGUAAAAGAUCCUUGUAUUACUGAACAUAUGCAAGAAGCCAUUCUGGGAGAUGAGUCUACAACUUCGGUAUGUGAUCCCCUUCCAAAGAUGGUUUCUGAAGCAUGCCCAGUAGACCCUUCAUUUGACACCAUGAACGGUAAGGCUCUCUCUCUUGCUCUUCUGUGAUCUAGCAGUCCCUUUGGUCUCACAUGUGUUGAGACUCCCUUUGUACUGCACUCUCGUGUGGGCAAGAAAAGGGCUGUCUCUCCAGGAUCCGAGACUGUGAGAAAACACUUGAAGACUCCAGAAAUAAAGGCUGCUCGUGUGACUUGUGCUUCUGUAAGAACCACAAGGAGAAAGGUACUUGCCGAUCUUAGUCACCCCAGAGUAAUAAUCACUCCUACAAAGGCUUCCCUUUUGGACGACAGAGCUAAUAAAGAAAAUAAGUCAAAAGACCACUUGGAAGCUCUUGUUCGGACCCGGAAUUUAGAUUCCAUUUUGGAAGUAGUUGUUUCUCCUGCUUUGUGUUCUUUUGUCCGUGGACAUCAGCGGAAUGCCCAGAAGGCAGGGAUAGAGGAGGAAGAAGAUGAUAUGGAUGGUGUUGUCCUGCACAUUCCCGAUGGUGGCCCAGCAACAAAAGAUCCCACAGAAACACAAUUAGCUUCUCCAGAGUACAUCACAACGUGGUAUGUUGCUGGGUAUAUCGGCAGGCAAAUGUUGGGAGCUUUAAAGGAUGAGAGUUGCCUUAAGUGUAAGAACUCUGUUUGCACAGAGAGUUUGGGAGAUUUUCAUAAGUAUAUUCAAAGUCGGGAGUUUGAUCUUCAAAACCCAUCUUUGAUAUACCCUUCUGAAGAUUUGACGAAGAUGAUCCUUACUGCUGUCAAUGAGUUUGAAAUGUCUUUCGUUGCACAGCAAAAAAUGCA